UAUUGCCUAAGUUGCCUCCCUUGUUUACUUUCAGUUUGACGUUGACAGUAUGGACAACCAUGGGGAGGAUGAUGCGGCUGGUACGGACAUUAAGGAAAUGUUGGGACUCCAGCUGUCCGAGUUUGAAAUGUUACAGAGUAUGUUUCCAAAUGACGGGGAAUUUUGUUUAGAUGACCAAACAGCAAUAGGGAGCAUUCAGACCUUCCUGAAUGGCAAACUGAAGUAUGAAUAUCUACACAGCAGGCUCGGAUUCACCGUCCAUAUUUCUCCAGGAAAUUGCAAGACAACAAUUGAGCUGGUUUGCCAACUCCCUCACGAGUAUCCUGCAGUUCCUCCUGUUGUGUUUACACGAGCUCCAAACAUGAAUCGUAACUCUCAUAGCCAGCUAAAUGAGGCACUCCACGAGUAUAUCAUCGGUCUUGACCGGGGAGAACUUUGCUUAUAUUCUGUGAUUGAAUGGUUACAAGAAAACUUGGAGAAGUUUGAAACUGAUGAAAGUCAUGAGAAAGAAGGGGAUGUUUUGAGUAAGUUGGAGAAAAUGAAAUUGGAAGAAGACAGCGUGUUCACACGUUUAUGGAUUUAUAGCCAUCAUAUCUACAGUAAGUUUAAGCGAAGGGAUAUCAUAGACUGGGCGUCUGAGUUGAAAUUGACUGGUUUCAGCCUGCCAGGGAAACCGGGUGUAGUUUGUGUGGAGGGUUACAGUCGAAGUGUGGAUGAUUAUUGGCAUAGAUUGAGAAGAUUGAACUGGAAGAAGUUAGUUGUAAAGGAAAAAGAAGGGCAAGACAUUGGUGACGGAAAUAUUGAGAAAUAUCGGAAGUUUGAAGGUUUUGAAGAAAAGGUGUUUGACGUUCGUGGUGGAAAGGGACGAGAAUACCACAUGGACCUUGGAAAAUUGUACGAGUUCUUGGAUUUACAUGAUUGCGGACAUAUUUUUCAGAUGUACUUUGGAGUGGAGGGAAAAAGCAACUCUUGAUGAUUGGCAUAGUUUAAUAGUCAUGCAUUGAAUAAAUGGCAUUACUAUUUUAAAUGUGCAAUGUUAUUGAUGAAAAUAUUUUUAAAAAAUGUGAUAGAAUGAAGCGCUGAUUUGUUUUAUAUGUUUCUGUUAUGCAUGCUGUACUCUCACAUAAUAUAUUUUUCCAAAUAAUUUGCAUUAAAGACAUACCAUUUUAGAAAUAUAUGUACCUUACUUCACCCAUGUCAAAUGGGCUUAAAACUUAGGUCUCGUAAGCAAUUUAGGUGUUGAAAUAGCCAUCGUUAAGUUCUUGUUUUUCAAUACAUUUUAGUGAAAAAAUACAGUCAUAUUGCAAUAGCCAUGGUGUUGGUGUUGUCAUUUGCAGUUGGCAUAGUGUGAACGCUUUCUUCUUUAUCUGUGGAUAAUCACAUUGAACUUGGUAAACAUUUUAUCAAAGCCAUUAAACUUGCUCAACUUUUGUUUUAAGUGAACUAAGACAACCAUAUAUUCUACCUUUUGUCAAUUUCAACAGUUCAAGGGCUACCGGUAUCGUGUCAUUUGAAAGUGAACCGUGCAAUCUAGCUGGUUAUUGAACUUUGUACAGAUAUCAUUUAAUGCCCAUAUGCUUUUAACUUAACCAACUAGUCCAAAUCAUGAGAUUACUGAAACGUCUUUCAGACUCGAGAUAUUUCCCAGUCAGUAGCCCCAACAGGCUUGUGAAAAUUUUCGUAUGUAAUCAUUACAAUCCGAUACAUUGAUUGCCAUUCUGCACAGGAAAUGAUGACAUAAUCAACAUGUCUAGUUCAUAAGUUACACAUUUUGUAAAAAUGACCAUGGAUAAAAAUAAUGCAGAAUGGUCCAGUCUGUGUGCAAACAACCAUGACUUGACAGUAGUGCAAGUGCUAAAAUUGACUGGUUACAUUUUGAAGAUUAAUUUGACUAUAUAUAAACAUAGUUAAAGUUUUUAUGAAAACAAAUUUUAACUCAAAUUUGUUCUUGCUAGUGAAAGUGGAUUCGAGUUAGUACAUUUUUCUGCCUACUGAAUGCGCUAGUGGACUAAAAAACAAUAAGUCCAUAAUUGGUGUUUAUAUUACUACCGGUUGCAGAUGACUCAACAUUGCAUGAAACCGGUAGUAAUAUAAACACCAUUGAAAGUAAACUACAACGACAUCUUAAUCUCAUUGUCGAUUGGUGCCAAAUAAAUUACAUGUCACUGCAUCCAUCUAAAUCCAAGUGUAUGGUUAUCGGAACUAUAUAUAAAACAAAACAAGUUAGUAAAUUAAAUCUUACAAUCGAUGGAACAGCAUUAGAAAAUGUGACUGUGCAAAAACUACUUGGAAUCUAUAUAGAAAAUAACCUCAAAUGGCAUCCGCAAAUAGAAAUUGCUUGCAAAAAAAUCAACUGUAAAAUCUCACUUUUGAAACGUAUAUUGUUCUACCUCAAUGCUGAGAUGAAACGUUUGUUUUACAAUGCAUAUAUCCUUCCAAUUUUAGAUUAUUGUUGUCAUAUUUGGGGCAAAGGAAACUCAAGUUACUUACAUAAAGUUAAAUCCUUGCAAAAUAGGGCUGCAAAAAUAAUUCUUAAAAUUCCUAAACGAUCAUCUUCGAACGGAUUGUUACAAGAACUUCAGUGGCUAACAUUUAAAGACAGGUGUAAAUAUCACUGCGCAACCCUGGUCUAUAAUACCCUUAGUGGAAUGGCCCCGAGGUAUAUGUCUGAAUUGCUAACCUUUGCAAAUAAUGAACACUAUUCUCUAAGAUCAACUUCAAAACAAGAUUUAGUUUUGAUACAAACACCGCGAACUAACUAUUUCAUGGAUUCCUUUUCGUAAUACAGUAUGAUGGUUUGGAAUACUAUUCCAGAUGAAAUACGAAAUGCAAAAAAGUUAAACACAUUUAAGCAUAAUUACAAAGUGCACCUCCUGAAAUGUGCAUAUCAUUAGUUUCAAAAAGGUAUAUUAUCUUUUCAUUAUCAUAAAGAUUGAAAUAACUGUUUUAUAAAUUGUUGUGUUUUAUUGAGUGUCUGUCGGCGUGUACAUGAUGUAUAUUGAAAUAAUUGUUAUUUUAAUUAAACAUGAUUUGUAUAGAAUAAUUAUAUUCAAAACAUCAAUAGUUCUUGUAUACAAAUGUAUAAGUGCGAUGCAGAUGUUUUAUGAUUUACCAAAUGCAUUUUGUUUUUGUUUGUUUGUUUUUCUUCAUAGAAGGCCACAUUGUAAAUAUGAUGUUGUUAUGGUUGAACCUGUAAUUAUGUCAUAAUGUGUCUAUACCUUCUCUAAAUAAAGAUAUUAUUAUUA